UGGCAGGUGGAUAUUGUGCGAGGAACGGAACGGGUGCGUCUGAUUAAAUAAAUAUGGAUGAGUGUUCCGCAUGCUGGGGGCACGUUCAGCUGUCUGGUAUUUUACUGAAAUCCACCCCGUCUUCCAUUGACCAGGUCUUUGGUUGCAGUUGAGCUUUGAAGCAACCAUGGCAUCCGCAAAUGAGACGCCGCAGCACUUGCAGCACGCGCAGGCGGAAGCAGACCAGAAGCCACACCUGUACGGUGCUUCGCUGAAUGACGCCAACGUUGGUGCUCAUGUCGAUCUCGAAAAGCCCCAUGGCGCCCUCGAAACGCGCGCCUCUCCUUCUCUCGACAUUGGCGAGGAGGACGGCCUCGGUGGUGUCAGGCCCACUGCCGAAGAGUUGAGGACGCUGCGUAAAGUUGGCGAGCCUCUCCCCAAAUCUGCCUUUUUGGUCGCCAUUGUCGAACUGUGCGAACGCUUCACCUACUAUGGUGCCUCUGGUAUCUUCCAGAACUUCAUUGCGCGUCCGCGUAGUGGUGAGGAGGGUCGUGGUGCGCUCGGUAUGGGCCACCAAGGAGCCACUGGUCUUUCUACCUUCUUCCAGUUCUGGUGCUACGUCACGCCCAUCCUCGGCGCCAUCAUCGCUGACCAAUACCUCGGAAAGUACAACACCAUCCUCAUCUUCUGUUUCGUCUACAUUGUCGGCCUCCUCAUCUUGACUUGCACAUCCAUCCCAAGCGCUCUCGACCACGGUGCCGGACUGGGCGGCUUCGUCGUCUCCAUCAUCGUCAUUGGUCUCGGAACUGGUGGUAUCAAGUCCAACGUCGCUCCCCUCAUUGCCGACCAGUACAAGAGGAGACAAAUGGUCAUUGGCCACGACGACAAGACGGGAGAGCGCGUUAUCAUCGACCCAGCCAUCACCAUCCAGAGAAUCUACAUGAUCUUCUACUUCUGCAUCAACGUCGGUUCCCUCUCAGCGCUUGCCACGCCUUACAUGGAGCGCGAUAUCGAUUUCUGGACUGCGUAUUUGCUGUGUCUCUGCGUUUUCUUCGUUGGUACCCUUGUCCUUGUUCUCGGCAGGAAAGCGUACGUUGUCCGGCCGCCCCAGGGCUCCGUCGUCACUGAUGCCUUCCGCGUCAUCUUUAUGAUGAUUAAGAACCGCAGCAUGGACGGCGCAAAGCCUUCGUACCAAGCCGGACUUGGAAGAGACGUCAAACUCCGCUGGGACGACCACUUUGUUGAGGAGGUGAAGCGCGCCCUCGUCGCUUGCCAGGUCUUCUGCUUUUAUCCCAUCUACUGGGUCGUCUAUGGAAACUUCUCCAACAACUUCGUUACCCAGGCUGGACAAAUGGCCGGUCACGGUAUUCCCAACGAUCUAAUGCAGAACUUCGACCCUAUUGCUAUCAUCGUCUUCCUUCCUCUUAUGGAUCAGUUCGGUUUCCCGCUCCUCCGCAAGUGGAAGAUUCCGUUCCCACCCAUCAACCGUAUUGUAGCUGGCUUCUGGGUCGCCUCUCUCGCCAUGGUCUACGCCGCUGUUAUUCAGUACUACAUUUACCAAUCCGGGCCUUGCUUCGACUCGCCUCUCUGUGACGCCUCCAAAGUCGAUGGAGUCGCCCAAGGAAACAAUAUCCACAUCGCCACUCAGACUGGAGCGUAUAUGUUGAUUGGUAUCUCCGAGAUCUUUGCCUCCGUCACAGGUCUUGAGUACGCAUACACAAAGGCACCGCCUAGCAUGAAAUCCUUUGUGCAAUCCAUGUUCCUCUUGACCAACGCCUUUGGUUCCGCUAUCAACGAGGCGCUGAACCCCGUCUUGGUUGACCCUAAGAUCCAGUGGAUGUAUGUUGGCUUGGCUAUUGCCUCGUUCAUCGCUGGUUGUCUCAUCUGGGUCAUGUUCCACCACCUAAACGAGACUGAGGAUGAGAUGAAUUCGCUUGACAAGGAUCUUGACAACGACCCAACCCUGCGGAGAAGCAGUGUCCAUGCCGACCGCACCGUAGGACUGCAUCACGAUGAGAAGGUAUAGAGCAAUACCUUGCGAUCGGAGGGAUAGUAGAAGAUGAUCCUAUCUAGCUUCAGAGAUAUGAAGUAGAAUACCUGCGCGUCGAAGCCUCGCAACGGAAUUAAUGCCAUUCAAAUGUUCAACAACAUGCGCUUGCACUUUUGAGUUUGACUCGUAUAUGACGUCUCUUUCUCCUGACUUAGCCUCGUAAAUCCUGCGCUUAUUCCACUUACGUCCAAUUCGUUGGUCGAUCGCUCGACUAUUGAAAGAUAGGAUAGUCACGUGCUGCAAGCCAAAGCCGAGCCAUUAGGCCCACAGAGGUCUGUGCAGCGCCCAAUGGGCCAUAAAAGAGGACAUGAGCAGUUUCACAAUAUUGGAAGGGUAAACACAUUGCGAGAAU